ACCUUAUGUUAGGUGGCGAAAUCUGAAUUACAAGUUAGAAAGAGAGAUAAAACAAUGUUAAAAAAAUGGAAUAUGACGUAAUUAUCAAAUAAGAAUUUUCUGCAUUGGUAAUUUGGAUCUAAAUACUUUUUCAUCAACUCGGUGACGCGAACACGUACAGUAAACAGUUCCAGUUUUAAAAGUCACUGGCGUUUGAACCACUGACAUCCGCUUAACCAGUCAUAUGACCAGCCUUCCGCUGUCAUCUGUGUUGUGCAGCACCACUUAGCAAAGCUACCGGACAAGACCUUUCUUCCUUUCUCAACUCGCCGUGCAUUUAUCCAGCAAUGGCAACAAUAAUGGCAAACAGGGCGAUGGACAACGGCUUGGCAGCAGGAGCGAGGACGCACACUCAGGCUGUGACAAGAAAUUACAUCUCUCAACCAAGGCUAACUUAUUCUACAGUGUCAGGAGUAAAUGGGCCCCUGGUUAUUCUGGAUAAUGUCAAGUUCCCCAGGUAUGCUGAAAUUGUUCAUCUGACCUUGCCUGAUGGCACAAAAAGGAGUGGGCAAGUCCUGGAGGUGAUUGGUAGCAAGGCAGUUGUUCAGGUGUUUGAAGGGACAUCAGGCAUUGAUGCCAAGAAGACAGCCUGCGAGUUUACUGGGGAUAUUCUUCGUACACCAGUUUCAGAGGAUAUGCUUGGGCGAGUGUUCAAUGGCUCAGGGAAAGCUAUUGACCGUGGACCCAGUGUUCUUGCUGAAGACUAUUUGGACAUUAUGGGUCAGCCAAUCAAUCCACAGUGCCGCAUCUACCCAGAGGAAAUGAUCCAGACUGGCAUCUCUGCUAUUGAUGGCAUGAACAGUAUUGCCAGAGGACAGAAGAUCCCCAUUUUCUCUGCUGCUGGGUUGCCCCACAAUGAAAUUGCAGCCCAGAUUUGCAGACAAGCCGGUUUGGUGCAGAAGUCCAAAGAUGUAAUCGACUACAGCUCGGAAAACUUCGCCAUUGUGUUUGCUGCCAUGGGGGUCAACAUGGAAACUGCUCGUUUCUUCAAGUCUGAUUUUGAAGAAAAUGGCUCGAUGGAUAAUGUUUGCCUUUUCUUGAACUUGGCCAAUGAUCCCACGAUUGAACGUAUCAUUACGCCUCGCCUGGCUUUGACUACAGCAGAAUAUCUGGCCUACCAGUGUGAGAAGCACGUCCUGGUCAUUCUCACUGAUAUGAGCUCCUACGCUGAGGCUCUGAGAGAGGUGUCUGCUGCCAGAGAAGAGGUGCCUGGGCGUCGAGGCUUUCCUGGUUACAUGUACACUGACUUGGCCACCAUCUAUGAGCGCGCUGGCAGAGUCGAGGGCAGGAAUGGUUCAAUCACCCAGAUCCCCAUCCUCACAAUGCCUAAUGAUGACAUCACCCAUCCAAUUCCUGAUCUGACGGGAUACAUUACUGAGGGUCAGGUGUACGUGGACAGGCAGCUGCACAACCGUCAGAUUUACCCACCCAUCAAUGUUUUGCCCUCUCUGUCCCGUCUGAUGAAGUCUGCUAUUGGAGAGGGUAUGACUAGGAAGGACCACGCUGAUGUCUCAAACCAACUGUAUGCCUGCUAUGCUAUUGGCAAGGAUGUUCAGGCCAUGAAGGCUGUUGUGGGAGAAGAAGCCCUCACUUCUGAUGAUCUUCUGUACCUUGAGUUCCUACAGAAAUUUGAAAAGAACUUUAUUGCCCAGGGCCCAUAUGACAAUAGGACCGUGUAUGAAACUUUGGACAUCGGCUGGCAGCUGCUCCGAAUCUUCCCUAAGGAAAUGCUCAAGAGGAUUCCUCAGAGCACAUUAGCUGAGUUUUAUCCCAGGGAGUCUGCUGCUCGUCACUGAGGCACCAAUAGGAUUUGGUGGUUCUUUGCCCUCUCAUCUUAAAACCAUCCUCCUCUCUUUAUCAUGCCAGCAGUCUCAGCGCUUUAGCUUAUGGCAUGGAGGUGAAUAUUGUUGUGCAUUCCUGAUCCCAAAGCGUACAUCCUUUCCCCCAAUCUCACCUCCAAUGGAAUCCAUGUACCUAAAAUACUCUUCUGUUGCGCCAUGAGAUCAGUUGUAAUUUGUUGUUGUACUGUAGUGUAGCGCUGUCCAAAACAUGUGGUGUGUAUACAAAGUAUCCGUGGUUGUAUUGUGCUGUACUGCAAAGAAAUGUGAUCAUAUCUUAUAAGUCAGGCCCUUUUUACGUUAGUGCUGGAAACUAAAUUCUGUCAAACAUCACAACAAAGCAUUUCUAAGUGAAGAAAGUUCCAUAUGUGGUAUAAACUGAAAUAGUAUGCUUGUGUUCAGCGUUAAAUCAUCACUGAAAUGAACACUCAAACCCACACUCUGAACAAUGUUCACGUAAGGCAGGUGGUGGUCAUGCUGUACUUCACUUUUUUUGGUCCCACGUAUGAACUAUAUCACAGAUGCUUACAUUAUUUGUGCUUCUUGUCUCAUGAAUAUAUUGAACAUUCCCAUUUAUCCAGCUUGUUAUUCAAUCAUAGUUUCUUGAUUUUGUGAAUAGAAAUAAAUUAAAUUAUGAGUAUAGUUUAUUUUUACCAUGCUUUACUAAUCUGUGGAACUUUGCUUAGCAUCUUCAUGCCAUUAGUACCUUAAUCUUCCAGUGACAGCUAAUAAGCUCCAUGUAAAAUGAAUGAAAGCCAAACUUCGAUGUGUUAUAGUAUUUGAGUUGUUUGCUUGCGUGUGACAAAGUGAACUUUGAACUGCUGAUUGACAGUUUGAUCAUGACUUCCACUUCCUGUUACAAAUCAUUAAAGACACCAUGGCUUCCGACGA